GCACUCCCUACCGGCUCCCGAGAACCAAAGUCCGGCUAGCUCGACCUCACGAGCGCGCGCCCUUCACAGCCCGAAAUGGCCUCCGCGACGCAGCACCGGGGCGCCAUCCUCCUGGCCGCCGUCCUCCUCAUGGCCUCGCCGAUGGCAAUGCGCGGCGCGGCGGCGGCCGGCUGCGGGGGCGAGAAGUUCCCCGCGGGCAGGAGCUACGCGAACUGCACCGACCUGGCGCCGCUCGGCGCCGCGCUGCACUGGACCUACGACGUGAAGGCCGCGUCGCUAUCCGUGGCGUUCGUGGCCAAGCCGGCCGGCGCGAACGGUGCCGGCUGGGUGUCGUGGGCGAUCAACCCGACGGGCGACGGCAUGAAGGGCGCGCAGGCGCUGGUGGCGUUCAAGGGCGCCCCGUCGUCGGCCUACGUCGUCAACACCUACAACGUCACGGGGUACCGCCUGCUCUCCGCGAACUCGACGCCCAUCGCGUUCAAGGCCACCGAGCUCGCCGCCGACGAGAGCGGCGCGAAGGUGCGGCUCUACGGCAAGCUGCAGCUGCACCAGGGGAUGAAGGUGGUGAACCACAUCUGGCAGGUGGGCUCCGCGGUCACCAGUGGGGCGCCGGCCAAGCACGCGUUCGCCAAGGAUAACCUCGAGGCCAAGGGCAAGCUCGUGCUCGCAGCUGGUGUCGCGCCGGCGCCGGCGGUCGGAGGCCCGUCCGGUAAGGCCAGCGCCACAGGAGCGCCGUCUGGUGGGAAGUCUGCGGCGGCCACAUACGUGUCGGCUCCUGUGCUCAUGCUUCUGGCGUUGGCGGGUUUCCUGGCGAGUGCAUGA